AGUCAAUAGUCCAAUCUCUCUCUUUUCAAAUCCCUUUUAUUCCUCUACCCGCCUCCUUCGUUUUUGUAUAAAUCCCUUUUUCACUUCCUCCAUUUUCUCCAUCUCCAUGGAUUCAUAGCUUCACCUUUCAAAACCCUAAUCGCCUCUCCACUUUCUUCCUUCACAAGAAAAUGCUCGCCAAGAAAAUGGUUUCCUUCAAGAAACUCGCCAAGAAAGUGAAGGCCGUCCGGGUCGGAACCGAGACCGAACAUUCCCACAACGAAUGUUUGCUCACUGAUCGCUUUGAAUUACCCGCAGAUCAUGACUCUAAUUCUCCCUCAUCUCCCACCUCAACGCCGACCGGCUCCUUCGCCAUUUACGUCGGCGAAGAACGCCAGCGCUUCGUCGUUCCGACAAGUUUCCUCUCGCAUCCGCUCUUCAGGAUGGUGCUCGACAAAGCGUACAGAGAGUUCGGAUUCGAACAGAGGAAUGCGCUUGUGGUUCCUUGUAGUGUCUCUGCUUUUCAAGAAAUUGUUAGCGCUGUUGAAUGCUGCAAUGGCAGAUUCGAUUUCGGCGAGAUUGUUGAGGAGUUUCUAUAGAACAGAAGAUGCAAUGGCUAAUGGAUAUGAGUUUGUUAGAGUUUGUAUCGUUUGAUCAUUCGUCGACUUCUGUUGCAAUAUGCCGAGGAGGAGGAUGCGAUGCAAUAUGAUCCGAUUCGAUUGAAUUCGGCCGAUUUUACCAUUAUUUGAUUUGGUGUGGAAUGUGAAUCUCUUCAUCUGAAAAUUCAAAAAUUCAUAUCCGAUUAGAUUCGAUGAUCCAUUUAUCGUCGGAAGUUGUAAAAUCAGAGCUGUAAUUAUGCGAUGAAAUUGAAUUUGUAAUUAUCAAAGUAUGUAUGAAUGUGGUUGGUUUAGGUGAUUUGUUAAAUUUCUUCAAGUGUUUUUCAUGGCAGCUGGCAAUGGAGAAUGUAAACAAAGAUUACAAGGAAGGAAUGAACAAGAAAAAUCAUAGAUUUUUUCACUCUCCAUUUUUUGGUA